CACAAGUGACAUCUCAACAACUGUCAAGUCCGCCGAUCGCCAGGGCUCCGAAAUUCACAUAUUUUCUUAAUUUUUCAAUCUCCAACCCUACGAAUUACCCCAUAAAUCGAUUACAAAUAUGGGUUAUAAGUUCUUAAAGCUAGCUUCAUCUCCAUUUAGGAGUGGCAACAUAAGAAUUGGGAUCAGACAGUAUGCCACAACACAUGAUGCAGACCUGGUUGUCAUUGGUUCGGGCCCUGGCGGAUAUGUUGCUGCCAUUAAAGCUGCCCAACUGGGCUUGAAGACAAUUUCAGUUGAAAAAGAUCCUUCUUUGGGAGGAACAUGUUUGAAUGUCGGCUGCAUACCCUCAAAGGCUUUACUGCACAACUCUCAUAUGUACCACAUGGCUCAACAUGACUUCAAGCACCGAGGGAUUGAAGUGGGAAAUGUUACACUGAACUUUGAUGCUAUGAUGGCCUACAAGGUCAAUGCAGUUAAAGCUUUGACAGGAGGUAUUGCGAUGCUUUUUAAUAAAAAUAAGGUGCAGCUAGUCAGAGGGGUUGGUACUAUUGCAGCACCAAAUAAAGUCGAAGUGAAAGGUGAAAAGGGAGUUGAAACUAUUAAUACUAAGAACAUCUUGAUAGCUACUGGAUCAGAAGUGACUCCUUUCCCUGGUGUUACUUUUGAUGAGCAGCAAAUCGUCACAUCCACAGGAGCUCUGUCCCUGAGUAAAGUGCCCAAGAAGAUGUUGGUUAUCGGCGCUGGUGUCAUUGGCCUCGAACUGGGCUCAGUUUACCAGAGGCUUGGUGCCGAUGUCAUCGCUAUUGAAUUCCUUGAAAGCAUUGGAGGUGUUGGUAUUGAUGGUGAGGUCUCAAAGACUCUACAGAAGAUCAUGACUAAACAGGGCAUGAAGUUCAAACUGGGAACUAAAGUUACAGCAGUCAAGAAAGAGGGUAGUACUGUUAAAGUCAGUGUUGAAGCCGCCAAGGGAGGCAAUCCUGAGACUCUGGAAUGCGACGUGGUGCUGAUCUCCGUGGGCAGGCGGCCCUACACCAAGGACCUGGGGCUGGACAAAGUAGGCAUCGCCCUGGACGACAGAGGCCGCGUGCCUGUCAACAAUAAGUUCCAGACCACGAUCCCUGGAAUAUAUGCGAUCGGUGACGUCAUCCACGGGCCCAUGUUAGCCCACAAGGCAGAAGAUGAGGGUAUCGUUUGCGUUGAAGGUAUAAAGGGUAUGCCUGUGCAUUUCAACUACGACGCCAUUCCGUCCGUCAUCUACACGUCACCAGAAGUGGGCUGGGUCGGCAAAACGGAGGAGGAUCUCAAGAAAGAGGGUAGAGCAUACAAGGUGGGCAAAUUCCCGUUCCUGGCGAACUCGCGCGCGAAGACCAACGGCGAGCCCGACGGGUUCGUCAAGGUGCUCGCCGACAAGACCACCGACGUCAUCCUCGGCACACACAUCAUCGGCCCCGGCGGCGGCGAGCUGAUCAACGAAGCCGUGCUCGCGCAAGAGUACGGUGCGUCGGCGGAGGACGUCGCCAGAGUGUGCCAUGCGCAUCCCACAUGCGCCGAAGCAUUAAGAGAAGCUAACUUGGCCGCCUAUAUUGGAAAACCAAUCAAUUUCUAAGAAACUAAGAAUUUAUUUUAAUAAUGUGAUUGUACAAAAUAAUGUAUGCGUCUCAUCAGUCACAUAAGUCACCAUUAAGGAUCUUGUAUGAAUCUAUUGUGAACGAAUAAUAUUACCUAAUAUUUAAUAAAAUAACUCAAUAUUAUGUCCUUUUCUAUCAGAGCACCUGGUUAUCACUAUUUACUAUGCAAAUUGCAAACUGUCCCCGUUUCGAUUGGACUUUUUCAAUUAAUACUUGUUGAUUUUCAUUCCAUCUGCCCUGGAACUUAAUUAAAAUACUGUCGUGCAUUUACUUGAUGUAAAUGUUGUGAAUAUUUUGUGUAUUUAUUUUUUUGUAAAUAGUUUAUUAAAAUACAUACCUUUUACGUUACGUUUA